GCGAGGUUGAGCCCUAGCCCAGAAGGGCCAGCAGAAGCCCUAAAGGCAAAAACUGCCCACUAACGCCGGCUCUCUCAAAACUGACUUGACCGCCGCCGCCCAUUUCGCCCUCGCACGACACACCCCCAACCUACGCCCUCGGCCGUUUCUUCGCCAAUUCAAUAAAACAGAAACGCAAUCAUGGCUGCUGUCCAGGGAGCUAUUUCGAAGCGCCGCAAGUUCGUCGCCGACGGUGUCUUCUAUGCCGAGCUGAACGAGUUCUUCCAGCGCGAGCUGGCUGAGGAGGGAUACUCCGGCGUCGAAGUCCGUGUCACUCCCACCGUCACCGACAUCAUCAUCCGUGCCACCCACACCCAGGAGGUUCUCGGUGAGCAGGGCCGCCGCAUCCGCGAGCUCACCUCCCUCAUCCAGAAGCGCUUCAAGUUCCCCGAGAACUCCGUUUCCCUCUAUGCCGCCAAGGUCCAGAACCGCGGUCUCUCCGCCGUCGCUCAGUGCGAGUCCCUCCGCUACAAGCUCCUCAACGGUCUGGCCGUCCGCCGUGCCUGCUACGGUGUUCUCCGUUUCAUCAUGGAGAGCGGUGCCAAGGGUUGCGAGGUCGUCGUCUCCGGAAAGCUCCGUGCUGCCCGUGCCAAGUCCAUGAAGUUCACUGACGGUUUCAUGAUCCACUCCGGUCAGCCCGCCAAGGAAUUCAUCGACAGCGCUACCCGCCACGUUCUCCUCCGCCAGGGUGUCCUCGGUAUCAAGGUUAAGAUCAUGCGCGGUUCCGACCCCGAGGGCAAGGCCGGUCCCCAGAAGACUCUCCCCGAUGCCGUCACCAUCAUCGAGCCCAAGGAGGAGCAGCCCGUCCUGCAGCCCAUGAGCCAGGACUACGGCGCCAAGGCUCUUGCCGCUCAGCAGGCCGCCGAGCAGCAGCGUCUGGCCGAGCAGCAGGCCACCGAGGCCCAGGAGGGUGCCGGUGCCGAGGCUUACGCCCAGGAGUAAAGAAAAAAAUACAUUCCAAACAAAAGAAUUUCAUUUGGUUUUUUUCUUCUCCAUUAGGCCCUGCUUCUCUUCUUCCUUGUUCUCGAAUAUCAUCUUCGUUACCUAGUCUCUCUCCUGUCCCGCCCCUUAACCUAACCUAACCUAACUCAAACCUCUUCUAUAUCUCUUACCUAUGACGCAUCCAAAUAAACAACUACUUUGAUGACCUCUAAGCUGUUUAUAUCACCCUUCUCUUUCCCGUCAACAACGGGGAGGGGGAGAUAGUUGCGCCUUCUGUGAUUGUAUUUUCUGCCUGGUGGAAUAUCUAGGCGGAAAUGGAAUGAGAAGAUGGAACAGGUUGAAGAGUUGGGUUUUCCUUUCUCAUCGGCUUACGUCAUAGGCUGGGUCAGGGUAGGACCUGGAUUUCAUUGAUACCUAGUACCUAGGGCACGUGGGAAAAAGAGAUUGUUUGGUCUACUAGUAGUGGAACUGUGUUUAUUCGUAGGAAUAUGUAGUCAUGUUACACGUAGUUGCUUUCCUAUAUAUUAUAAAGAAUAUAUAUUAUCGGC